AUGGGAUUUAGGGAAGCGGAAAGCAUAGUGGGAAGUAGGUCGGGCACGGGGGCCGAAGGGCGGGAUCAGCAAUCGGCGAUGGUGCUGGCGGCGGUGGCGGAGUCGAUAGAGAUGCUGCGCACGGCGGGCAGCGAUGCGGACGAGAAGGAGCGCGUCGCCAUGCAGCUCAGCCAGCUGGCGGAGACCAGCGUAGACGCGCGCGCGGCCAUCGGCUACCACGCGCAGGCCAUUCCGCUGCUCGUGGGGCUCGUGCGCUCGGGCACGCUGCCUGCGCGCACGCAUGCGGCGGCGACUCUGGGGGCGAUCUGCGACGAGCAGGAGUUGCGCGUGAAGGUGCUGCUGGGCGGGUGCAUUCCGCCCAUGCUGGCGCUGCUGCGCAACGGCCCCAAGGACUCGCAGAUGGUGGCGGCCGAGGCGCUCUUCGCCAUGUCCAAGGCGGGCUCGGGGCGCGACGCCGUGGGGUCGCGCAUCUUCGCGUCGGAGGGCGUGGUGCCGGCGCUGCUGCAGCAGCUGCAGAAGCACGCGGGCAUCCACCCGGACGUGCUGGCGCUCGUCACGGGCGCCAUGCGCAACCUCUGCUACGCCGUGCCGGGCUUCUGGCGCACGGUGGAGGCGGCGGGCGGCGUGGAGAUCUUCACGAGCAUGCUCUCCAUGGGGCGCCCCGCCACGCAGGAGAACGCCGCCGCGCUGCUCACCAGCUUCCUCACCAGCCCCUACCUCGCGCACCCCAAUGCGGCCGCCGCCGCCGCGCAGCAGCAAACCAAGGGCAAGACUCCAGCGGCAACACCGGGUAGAGAGGUGGCGGUCAGGACCGAGGCGGCUGGGGCGCUGCGCGCAAUCUCAGCGGUACACGUGGCGGCACGGGAGAAGAUCGCGGCGGCGGGGGGAGUGGGCAUGCUGAUCCGCGCGACGAUGGCGCCGUCGGCGGAGAUGAUGCAGACGGGGUACGCGCAGGUGCUGCAGGAGAACGCCAUGGGCGCGCUCGCCAACAUCGCGGGCGGCAAGGCGGAGGUCGUCGCGUCACUGGCGGCGGCCGUGAGCAGCGCGCACUCGGACCGCGAGCUGGCGGACAACAUCGGCGCGCUGGCGUACGCGCUGAUGGUGCUGGACGACGACGACGACGACGGCGGAGGGGCGGAGGACGGCGAGGGGGGGGCGGGCGGGAGCGGAAGCAAGGUGGACGCGGAGGGCAUCGAGCGCGCGCUGGUGGAGAAGCUGAGCCCGCUGCGGCCGGCGUCGGCGCUGGUGCAGGAGCGGUCGAUCGAGGCGCUGGCGAGUCUGUACGGCAACAGCGUGGUGGCGCGCGGGCUGAGCAACGCGGAGGGCAAGCGCAUGCUGGUGGGGCUGGUGACGCUGUCGCCCGGCGACGCGCAGGCGGAGCUGGUGGAGGCGCUGUUCAACGUGUGCGUGCAGGGCGCGCCGCUGUGGAGCGCACUGGGUGGGCGCGAGGGCGUGCUGCAGCUGGUGGGGCUGCUGGGGCUGUCGACGGAGGACCAGCAGGAGUGCGCGUGCGCGCUGCUCGCCAUACUCUCGCACGAGGAGGACGACAGCAAGUGGGCCAUCACCGCCGCGGGGGGCAUUCCGCCGCUCGUCUCGCUGCUGGGGACGGGCACCGCCAAGGCCAAGGAGGACGCCGCGGAGCUGCUGGGCAACCUGUGUUCCUACAACGAGGAUAUCCGCGCGUGCGUGGAGACGGCGGACGCGGCCCCCGCGUUGCUGCAUCUGCUGGGCAGCGGGACGGAGAGGGCCCAGGCGGCGGCAGCGCGCGCCCUCAUGCGGCUGGUGUCGGGCGGCAGCAGCGGCGCGAGCAGCGCGAUUGGGCAGCUGACGGGCAUUCUGGUGGCGGAGGUGCCGGAGUCGAAGGUGCACGUGCUGCGCGUGCUGGGCCAGCUGCUCGCCGACUCGCCCGACGCCGCCCACGACGGCACCGCCGCCAACGAGGCGCUUCAGACGCUCGUCGCGCUCGUCGAGUCGGAGCGCGAGGAGACGCAGGAGAGCGCGGCGGCGGUGCUGGCGAAUCUGUUUGCGGCGCGGGAGGAUCUGCGCGAGGGGCCAGUGGCGGCGGAGGCGAUUCCCCCGCUGGUGCGCCUCGUGGAGGACGGCGGCGAGCCCGUGGCCAUGCAGGCGGCGCGCGCGUUGGCGGCGCUGUUCUGCUCCAUCGACAGCAACGAGGAGGCGGCGCAGGCGGCGAGGGCGAGCAUCUUCCCGCUGGUGAAGCUGGCGCGCGCGCGCGAGAUGGCGGUGGCGGAGGUGGCGACGACGGCGCUGGCGAACCUGCUGGCGAACCCCGAGCUGGCGCUCAUGGCGCCCGCGGACGAGGUCGUGCUGCCGCUCUCGCGCCUGCUGCGCGAGGGCACGCCGCACGGCAAGGAGCACGCGGCGGGCGCGCUGGCGCACCUGCUGCACUCGCGCGCGCUGGACGAGGAGUUGGCGGAGAGCAUCCGCCAGUGCAGCACGGUGCUCGCGCUCGUCGCGCUGCUCGCCGUCGGCGCCAGCGAGGACGCGUCCAUGGCGGCGCUCGAGGCGCUGGCGGCGCUGGCGCGCGCCAAGGCGCACAACUGGGGCGGGCAGGCGCCGCUGGCGGUGCUGUCGGAGGUGCCGUACUCGAUGGGGCCGCUGGUGGCGGUGCUGGCGGGCGGCACGGCGGGCAUGCAGGAGAAGGCGGUGGAGGUGCUGUCGCGGCUGUGCAAGGACCAGCCCGUCACGCUGGGCGACAUGAUCGCCGGCACCGACAACUGCGUCGCCGCGCUCACCGCGCGCAUCACGGAAGCGGAGAGCCUCGAGGUGAAGGUGGGCGGCACGGCGCUGUUGAUUUGCGCGGCGAAGGAGCACCGCGCGGCGACGAUGGCGGCGAUGGAGGCGGCGGGCACGCUGCAGGCGGUGGUGCGGUGCCUCGUGGACAUGCUGGCGGCGCAGCAGCAGUCGCGCGACCGGCAGCAGCAGCAGGCGGAGGAGGGCGACGGGGAGGCAUCAGCGGAGGCGCUGGUGAGCAGCGUGGCGUUGUGGCUGCUCGCCGUCAUGGCGUCGCACGACCACCCCACGCGCGCGCUCGUCGCCGCCGCCGGCGCCGUCGACGUGCUGGUGGACCGGCUCUCCGCGCUGUCGGGGGAGGGGGAGGAGGCGGACGACCUGGGAAUGGAUGGGGACGGCGCGGAGGGGGGGAACAGCGGGGGGGCGUGGGUGUGCGCGCUGCUGCUGGCGGUGCUGUUCUGCAACCGCGACGUCGUGCGCUCGCCCGUCGCGCUCAGGGCCAUUCCGCCGCUCGCCUCGCUGCUCACCUCGCCCGACCCCUCGCAGCGCUACUUCGCCUCGCAGGCCGUCGCGUCGCUCGUGGCGAGCGGCAGUCGCGGCACGCUGCUCGCCAUCGCCAACAGCGGCGCCAUCCCGCUGCUGCUCGCGCUGCUGGGCCGCGCGGAGGCGGACGUGGCGCACCUGCGCGCGCUGGCGGACGACUUCGAGCUGGCGGGCAGUCCGGAGCAGGUGGCGCUGGAGAAACUCUUCCGCUGCGACGACAUCCGCGCGGGCCGCCACGGCAGCGUGGUGGUGCCGCAGCUGAUCGCGCUGCUCACGCCCAACGCCGACCAGCCCAGCGCGCCCGCCGUCGCCAUUGGCCUGCUCACGCAGCUGGCGGCCGGCAGCAGCGCGAACCGCGUGGCCAUGGCGGACUACCGCAUCCUCGAGGCGCUCACCACGUACCUCACUCUCGGCCCUCAGGAGGCGAUGGAGGCGGCGGCGGUGGAGCUGCUGCGGGUGCUCUUCCAGGCGGACGACCUGCGCGUGCACGCCGCCGCGCCCGCCGCCAUGGACCAGCUCGUCGCCGUGCUGCGGGUGGGCUCCCGCGCUGCGCGCCUGCCAGCAGCAGCGGCGCUGGAGGCGCUAUUCGCCGUGGACGCUCACCGCGCGAGCGACGCGGCGCUGCAGGCGCUGCAACCGCUCGUCGACAUGCUGGGCAGCGGGGCGGGCGCGGAGGCUGCUGGCGGCGGCGCUGUGGAGGCGGAGCAGCGGGCAGCAGCGGCGGCGCUGUGCCAGCUGGCGCAGGGCAACGUGGGGCGGGUGCUGCAGGCGUGCGAGGAGGGCGGCAUCCCUCUCAUGGCCACCAUUCAGCGCCUGCUCGAGGCGCCAGACAAGUCGCCAGCUGGCGGCGGCAGCGGAGGGUACGACAAGGCGGCGGCGGAGGUGAAGGCGACGGCGGUGGAGCUGCUGCAGACGCUCUUCUCCUUCCCGCGCGCUCGCUCCGGCCCCGUGGCCGCGGCGCUGAUCCCACCGCUGGUGGUGCUGCUGCUGCACCCGUCGCCGUCGCUGCAGUACCGUGCGGCGGGCGCGGUGGACGCCGUGAUGGACGACGAGCAGCAGGCCAAUGUGGUGGCGAGCUGCAGCGCCGUGGCCCCGCUGGUGAGCCUGCUGGAGGGCGAGCGGCACGGGCUGCACGCGGCGGCGAGCAGUGCUUUGUUCAAGCUGGCCAAGGACCGGCGGCAGUGCAAGCUGGACAUGGCGGCGGCCGGGGUCAUCGAGCGCAUCAUCGCCAUCUUCCCCUCCGCCCCCCUUGCGCUCUGCGCGCUGCUGGCGGAGCUGCUGCGCGUGCUCACCAACAACUCCACCAUCGCCAAGGGCGCCGCUGCCGCGCGCCUCGUGGGGCCCGUGUUCGCCAUGCUGCGCCACGCAGAGCUGUCCCCCGCGGCGCAGACGAGCGCGCUGCAGGCGCUGGUAAACGUGCUGGAGAAGCCCGGGCGGCUGGAGGCGCUGGACGUGCCGCCCAGCGACGCCAUGGAGCCGCUCGUGCCGCUGCUGCUCUCGCCCUCGCUCGUCGUGGCGCAGCUGGCGGCCGGGCUGCUGGCUCACAUGCUCACUCUGGAGGCCUUCCACAGCGACGGCAUCACCGCAGCGGCGGCGGCCCCCCUGGUGAGGCUGCUGGGCAGCGAGCUGGAGUCGCUGCGCACGGAGGCCCUCAAGGCGCUGGAGCUGGUGUCGGCGUGCUGGCCGGGCGCCAUCGUGGAGGCGGGCGGCAUCGACGAGCUGUCGCGCCUGGUGGCGACGGCGCCGCACCCCAUGUGGCAGAUGGCGGCGACGGUGCUGGCGAACGUGCUGCGCGAGCAUGACAAGUGCGCGGCGCAGGUGCCGGUGCCCGUGCUGGUGCGCCUGCUCAUGGCCAACACCGAGCCCGUGCAGGUCGUGGCGCUGUCCGCGCUGCUGGCGCUGGAGCGAGAGGACCCGGCGCGGGGGGACGAGAUGGCGCGCAUGGGCGUGGUGGACGCGCUGCUGGAGCUGCUGCGCUGCCACCAGGUGGAGGAGGCCGCGGCGCGCCUGCUGGAGGCCAUCUUCAACAACGCACGCGUGAGGGACUCGCAGACGGCGCUGCGCUCCAUCGCCCCCCUGGCGUCGUACCUGCUGGAUCCCAACUCCACCGACCCCAACGCUAAGCUGCUGGCCGCCCUCGCGCUGGGCGACCUGUUCCAGGAGACGAGCGUGGCGCUCAAGACGGUGGACCUGACGGGCGCGUGCCGCGCGCUGGUGGCGCUGAUGGCGGAGCGAGCGAGCGAGGACCUGGUGAUGGUGGCGCUGUGCGGGCUGCAGAACCUGGUGGCGUCGUCGCGCGCCAACAAGCGCGCCGUGGCGGACGCGGGCGGGUUCGGUGUGCUGGUGGAGCUGCUGACAGGCGGGUCGGCGGAGGUGACGUCGCAGGCCGCCAACCUGGUGCGGCUGAUGCUCAACAACCACACGGUGCAGGAGUACGCCACUCCCGAGCUAGUGUCGUCCAUGACGGGUGUGAUCGAGCGCGAGCUGUGGAAGACGGCGAGUGUGAACGAGGAGGUGCUGCAGGCCAUCGAGGGGCUCCUCGCCACGUUCUCCCGCCUGCGCUUCAGCGAGUGCGCGACGGCCGCCAUCCCCGUGCUGGUGGGCGCCAUGAAGGUGGGCAGCGAGGUGGCGCAGGAGACGGCGCUGAACGUGCUGUGGCUGCUGCGGCAGGGGUGGGCGCAGAGCAAGGAGAUGGCGCGCCUGCAGUCCAUCGCCAUGGGCGACACCAUCCCCGUGCUGCAGCUCAUGCUGCGGUCGGGCCCCAUCAACCUGUACGAGAAGGCGGAGACGCUGCUGUCGGUGCUGCCGGGCAGCCUGUCGGUGUGUGUGAAGCGCGGCAGCAACCUCAAGGCGUCCAUGGGCGCCACCAACGCCUACUGCAAGCUCACCCUUGCUGACACCCCCGCCAAGGUCACCAAGGUCAGUCACGCCCACUGCACUCAUGCAGGGGCAGGCUCAGCGGCAGCGCGCGGGGCUCAUGGGGGGAUGGGGAUGGUGGUGAGCGGCACGUGUGACCCCGAGUGGAAGCAGACCUUCACAUGGCCGCUGGACGCCCCUCCACGAGGCCAGAACCUCCACAUCUCGUGCAAGAACAAGGGCACCAUCGGCACCAGCUCGUUGGGCAAGGCGACGAUACAGAUAGACCGGGUGGUUGCGCUGGGGAUGGUGUCAGGGACGUACGUGCUGCAGCCAGAGGGCAACCGAGACGGCACCCAGCGCACCAUCGAUGUUGACUUUAUCUGGUCCAACCGCUGA